UCAGCCAGAUAAUACAGUAGAUGGAGGACCGGGACAGAAGCCAGAAAGACUCCUCUUCGUCAUCGUCUUCAUCUUCAACUUCUGUGAUAAUGUCUGCUCGGGAGACUAAUUUAUCACCAGUUAUUCCUGUUAUAAAAAACACUUCCUUGGUAUGGAAAAUGAGACGCAGUGACAGUGACUUAGAGCCCUUAAUCCUGAGCAGUGACGACGAAUCGGAAAAUGAUGACUAUGAAGAGGGAUAUCUUCUUCAUCAAGCGUUUGAGUACUUCCAAAAUGUACACAAAAAAGGAGAAGUCAUGGAGAAACACCUGCAGAAUGUGGAAGAUAUCGCUUGGAAGUCUGGGUUAGCACCCGAAAACAUUGACCUGCUGUUAGAUGUGGCACUAAAUGGCCCGUUUGCUGAAGCGGUAAAAGCUCGGAUGUUGAAGUGCCUCAUUCCAACAACUAUCAUACAUGAAAGUGCUGUGGUUAAAGCUUUCUCCAGGCUUUGUGCUACCAAUUGUUCUAAUAACACAAAGGUUGUCUUUAUUCGAUGGUUGAUCGCAAUGUUUGACUUCAUUGAUCGUAAGGAAGAAAUAAAUGCUCUCUAUGGCUUCAUUUUUUCCUUUCUGCAAGAGGAAAGUAUGGGUUCUUACGUCAGUAACUUAUUGUAUCUGCUGACCAGGAAGGAGAACGUCAAACCCUUUCGUGUGAGGAAAUUGCUUGAACUCCAGUCCAGGGUGGGGAUGCAGCCUUAUCUCCAGGCCCUGUUGUCCUUGUAUAAAUCCUAUUGUCCCAACUUGAUUACCAUUACUUUGCCUCCGAGAAGGAAGUUUUACUAUAAGUCCUCAGAUAAUAUCUGGCAGGCAGCCGUCUUUAUUGUGAAGCAAAGACAUCAGUCAUCCCCAUUAUCGUCUGUGAAACCAAGUAUUGACAUUGCUGAUCACCAGCCUCGAGGAAAGAAAUGGAAUUCUGGCUGCUUUAUACCAAAGCCCACCAGCAAUCCCCUCUUUGAUGAAGAGCAGGAUGAGAAAGCCUGCCUGGGAAUGAUGCACAAUGCUCGGAAUUUCAUUCCCAUAGAGCAGCUCCACACGUUCUCACAGCUCUUGGAGAACAUUCACUACAUACAGCUUCCAUCCCAGAUGUGCUCGGUGCUCAGAAGCACUCCGCUGUUACACUAUCUGAACUGCCUCCAAGAUGAGACCGUCUGGGUGCGGCUUUAUUACUGGAUGAUUCAAGAGUUAAAAGAAGGAUGUGCUUGGUACAAAGUCAGUCAUUGCACAUCUGAAGAAGAGUUCAAGAACUUUCUAGACAUUAUCAUCAGCGCACAGUGUUUCUUACAGGAGGGCUUUCCUUCCAGCGAAACGUUCCUGUAUAAGAGCCUUCCUUUGUGGGAUGGCAUCUCUUGCCGAGCAGAAUACCUGCAGCUUCUCAGUUGGAUUCCCCUGGGGAAAUUCUCUGAAAUCAAGCCACUUCUCUAUAAAUCCUUGGCUCCCAUCUUCUUUACAUCAUCCCGUUAUCAUAAGUGCAGUGUUCUUUAUAGCCUGAAAAAACUGAUGCAGAAUUGGCUGUUAUGGCAUACUUCAGAGGUCAACAAGAAUCCCCGCCACAGCACUUGUCUGGACAUUACCAUUAUUGCACUGAACUCUGUGUCUGAGCUGAUCUACUACGUGGGAUGGCUGUCCACGAUUGCCCUGCGCUUGGAGGAUUACGAUAGUUUCUUGUUACACUUUAUUUUGGAUUUCUUUGAGACAGUAUCUGACAUGUAUCUCAAUUACGGUCUUCCAUUAGUGGUGAUGUUUCCGCCUGGGGUCUUCUAUCCAGCACUAAUCACCUCAGAUACCAUCACCCUCAACCAUCUCUGUUAUAUCAUGUACAGGUAUCGUGUCAACUUGACUGCUGCCAAGGAAAAUGAAUUGCUGCGCCAGGAAGAGAAGGAAAGGCUGAAGUUCAACAAAGCAUACCAAGAGUUUAAUGAUUAUGUGACCUCCUUGGUGGACUGCCUGUGGACAUCCACAUCCUUGGACAGAGGCCACUAUCUUUACAUAGAUCCUGAGAUCCUAGAAAAAACGAAAAUAAAGGAUAUUAAGAAGAGUUUAAAUCUAAUUAAUCAUCCAGCCUUACAGGCCUAUUCCGUCUACUUUCUGCUUCAGGGAUGGCCAUCAGAAAGUGAAUUUUCUUUGAAUUUCAUUCAGAAAAAGAAAUGGAACUGGUAUUUGGACUAUCUCCUUUUGGAGAAUCUGCACGGCCUUCACCUUUUCAUGCAGAGCAGCCUCAAUGUUGCUGACAAUCCCCCAGCAGCCAGCACCCAGCCUGCCGAUCAGCUGUCAAACACUAGCAUUUCGCAGUCAUUUUGAGCUUAGGACAAGUGAAGCUUACCGCAUAGCCAUCCUUGAUGGCAAAACAUUGCCACGCCUCAACUCGAUUUUCUCUUAUGGGAUUUCGAACAGAUUACCGUGACAAGAAUAGGAAAGGAGUGCUUAAGAGAGUCUUCAGUGACCGAGAAAGGAUUUGGGAUAGAUGACUUAUUUUUUUUUAAUCAAGAGUUUAUUUCUUUACUUCCUUAAUGAAAAUAUUUUAAUGACUAGUAGGCAUUUAAUUCUUCCCCUCCCCCCAGUCUCUGUCUCUCUUUCCCUCUGUCUCUGUUCCCAUCCCCACCCCCACCCCCACUAAUCGCUCCCAUUUGCUUCCCUCCAGACUGUGUAGAGUGAGGUUUCUGUUAUGUGGUGGAUGUUUAAAGAUGUUUUUGUGUAAUGAAUUAUGUCUAAGUUGCAUUUCUGAAGGAGAGCUUAGUACAGAUAAUGGGAAGCAUCAUUGAAUCGGCUAACAUUGAACACGUAACUCAGCACGGUGAGACAUGGCUGAGAAUGAGCCCCGUCCCUGAUUCAGCACGCUGCUGAAUACAAGAGGCAGUGGUGGUGGUGGCGGCAGCUGCCUGGACCCUCCAUAGAGCAGGGAGGAGGCCAUGUGGAUAAUCCGAUCAAGAUUAUCUAUCAGGAACUUUCUACUUAAAGCUGUCUGACUUCUUAGAAGUCUCAGAGAACCAGCAUACUGGGCACAGUGCCAGGAUUUAAGUGCAGAGGAAGUUAGACUAACCAUUUACUUUUCAGACCGAUUCUCUUGAAGGUUUUCCUUUUUUUCACACUGAUCUGUUCAAAACAGCUUCAGUAUUAUACAGAAAGUUCAUGUUCAUCAGAUUUUGCUGAGUAGUGUUCCCCUUUUACUACCAUUCAAAUCUUAGGGGGAAAACUUGUUGAGUUUGUUUUUGUGCCUUUGUGGGUACAUGGUCUCUUGGUAUCUUAAAAAAAGGAAACAAAGUUGUCCUAGUCAUUUUCAAAGAUUGUGUGUUUACAUGAGAAGUGUGAUAGCCCUAUCUCCAAUUCAGAAUCUUUCUCACUUGUUUUUUUAACUAAACUUUUUAAACUUUUUCAGAGCCCGAUGCCUCUCUCCCCAAGAUCUCCAUGCCAGUCCCUCAUUUGUAAGGAGGGAUUUGAUGAUCCCUCAAAUGGGAACAACUUCCGAUUUGGGCCAUACGACAUUUAUCAGUGGUUGAUUUCAGUGCAGAUUACUUUCAAGCUUGGCCAUUAAAGAAACCUUUCCUUCUCCAAAAUGAAUACUCGAGGACUUUCCUCCUGAGGGUCAGCGUUGUGCUGACUGGACCAUUCUCUGGGCACCGAGUUCUCCACCCACAGUCCCCUUGACCAGAGGCAGAUUUGGACAGCUUAUGUAAAAGUCUGACGUCUUGAUAUAAUGGACUAGGCUGUGCAUGAUGAGCCAGAUCUGGCCGCUUGAAAAUGCUCUUAUUGAAAAACUUACUGUCAAAGAAAGCAGACUUCGAUUUAGUGACGUGUGUGGAAUUGGCUAGACCAAGAUUGAGGUAGUGCUUAGUAGAGUGGCGUGUCCCUCACUUCUCACACUAGCAAAUAAUACAGCAGGAACAUCACCAAAAGUGGUCCUCACACCUCAGGACUAGAAGUUGGCUUCUGAAUGUUUUCGCUCUACUGCGCCGUGAAGAACAAAAGCUAGACAGUGCAGUUAGAUGCCUGCCACCUUUUCAGAGUGCUUGAAGAAAUGCUUUUAGAACUGUGCCAAGGGAAUAGAGCUCAAAAUUUGAUGAAAUGACAACAACUGACAAGAUAAAGAACAAUAGAAAGAGGAAGCACUACGUACCAUCUCAAAAAAAAAUAGCAAAAGGCAAGCUCUGAUCUCUGCAAAAAGCCACAUUUUGCUUCUAUACAGAACAAGAAUUUUCUCCCAGCUUAACGAUUUCCAAACCUUGACAGGCUUGUGGGCACCAUGGCAAAAACAACGUCGCCCUUGGUAAAAUGUGGAGAUACCCACGUGAUAAAGUAAUCGUCCAGCGGUGAGAGCGAAGCUGAAGCAGAGGUGUUCAAAGGGCCAGCUAGGGCAGCCCAGAAAGUGGUUGAGGAAAAACAAUGAAGAUGAAGAUAACGGCAAGUAAAACUACUAUGUGGUCUAUCCACUUAGAGACAGGAGGGGUCACACCACAAGUGGAGCACUUCCUCUUUAAGAGAAGUGUCCAGAUGCCUUCAUUGUUAACCAUAAAUUGGAUUGUUGAUCACACAUGGCAUUUAGAAGUAUUCUCAAAAUUAUAACCAGAUUUUUUUUAUAGCUUUUUAUAUAUAAAACAUAUGCAUGGGCAAUUUUUCAACAUUGACCCUUGCAAAAAUUUUGUUUCAACUUUUCCCCUCCUUCCCUCCAUCCCCUCCCCUAGAUAGCAGGUAGUCCCAUACCUGUUGAAUAUGUAUAACCGAUUCUUAAGAAAGAAUCUGGAAACUGCCUUAUUUCCAAACCUUUUUAAAGUGAAAAGAUAGCAAGUUUUUACUUUGUGCACUUUGUUUUUUUAGCAUAAACAACAUUUUAUCAUAUUUGGGAAACUUGUAAAAUUGUAUAAACUCUUUGGUUCAUGGCUAGAAAUCCUGGGUAUUCAUUUUUAUAGACUCAAUACUCAGAUGGAUCGGUGAUUGCAUCAUUUGGGGCAUGCUCUUGACUGAUGCAGGUGGAGGACCAUCCAGGGUGAUUCUUGUCCAUUUCUUCCCCAGACGUGCCACGUGAGAGCUGCCUAGUGUUGGAGGCCUGCCUCCCUUCCUUUUGGCAUCGAAUGGGUGGGUAUCAGUGGAGUUCUCUGUUUUAGCCAUCGAUUUCAUACAGAUCUUUAGUUUGUGUAAAACAGAUUCCUAUGGUGUAUGGCUCACUGGGCUGAGAAUCAAAAAGACAUCUUCCUGAGUUCAAAUUCAGCUUCCGAGACUUCCUAGCUGUGUGACCCUGCCUGGACAAGUCACUUAACUCUGCCUCAGUUUCCUCACCAUAAAACGAACUAGAGAAGGGAAUGGCAAACCACUCCAAGGUCUUUGCCUAGAACGCCCCAAAAGGAAUCCCGAAGAGUCAGACGUGACUGAAAUCUCUCACCAUGCUUAGAGCAUGUAAAAUGUUACUGUGAUGAAGCCACAGGGAACGCUGUCUCUUUGAGGUAUGAUUUGGACUAGAUCGACCCUGAGGGGUUUUCCAGCUGUGACAUUCUGUCAGUCUAUGAUUUUCAUGGGCUGCACAAUCCAAAGCACACAUUAUAAAGGGAGAUGUUUUGAGAAAGCAAUGGGCAAUCAUUUGGCUUCGAAUUGACUUUGCGAAUAUAAUGAAAAUUGCAUUUCCCUGCUGUUCUUAGGGUUGAAAAGGAGGUCAGCCAGCAGAAAUACAGAUCUUGAAAGUUUGUGGUAAUUUUUCAAUUGACAUUUCCCAUACUGGCCAACCUGAGAGCCAUUGCAGCAUGGAAAGCUUCAACAGUUUUCUGUGUGGUAUUCAUUCAAAUGUGUAUAUUUUCGAAAAUCAUGAGACGUUUUUGUAUAUUAACCUAAUGUGAAAAGUUAAUUUUCUAAUUUUUUUUUAUUUUCUGUGUGUAAAAUUGUGUGGGAAGUAGCAUGGCGGAGUUUGUUACAAAAUUUAUAUAUAAAUGUUAUAUAUAAAUAUAAAUACAAAUAUAUAAAUUUGUAAACUUAGAGAA